AUGAACACAGACAUCGGUACAUGGACUAAGGCGUGUAUUAAUUGUCAACGAGCAAAAAUACAUCGACACGUCAUCACACCCUUAGGCGAGUUCCCGCCGUCACAGCGCUUCGAACAUAUACACAUCGACAUAGUCGGACCGCUAAGACCGUCGAAGGAGUGUCGAUAUCUAGUGACUAUGAUCGAUCGCUGUACGAAGUGGCCCGAAGCAGUACCGAUACAAGAUAUAACAGCUGAAAACGUCGCAAAAGCCUUAUACGAACAAUGGAUCGCACGUUUCGGUUGCCCGCUGCGUAUAUCAACGGAUCAAGGACGUCAGUUCGAAUCCGAGCUAUUCAAUUCUCUCAUGAAAAGAUUCGGAAUUACAAGAAUUCGAACUACUGCAUACCACCCGCAAUCGAAUGGCCAAAUUGAGCGAUGGCACCGAACCCUGAAAGCUGCACUGAUAGCGCGCGAAGCUACAAUUCAAUGGACGGACGAGUUACCCACCAUGCUACUCGGUUUACGCACGGCGUUACGCAGCGAUAACAACUUUAGUCCGGCAAUUAUUACCUACGGUACUACUCUGCGCAUACCUGCAGAUUUCUUCGUACCUACACAGUCGAAGAUUGACGACGCCGAGUAUGUACGCCGCCUCACCGAGAACAUGGCAACGCUACAACCAACGCCGCGCUCGCACACGCCGCAAAACAAACCAUUUGUUUACAAAGACCUAGCGACGUGUACGCAUGUAUUCGUGCGCAACGAUACAGUUCGAGCUCCACUAACUUCGCCGUACGAUGGGCCUUACGAAAUUUUGAAACGCUACGACAAGUACUUCCAGAUACAUCUGCCAACACGCACGACAGUUGUCGCAUUGGACAGACUCAAGCCAGCAUAUACAUACAACGAGUCGCCAUCGUCUGAGGACCCACCGGUCAGCAGCAGAUGCCAGGACAACUCUCCGACCUACACGACGAGAUCUGGAAGAAAAGUCAAGCCAUCCGUACGAUUUUCUUGA